UUCCUGAAGGACACUAACCAUUGCUUUGGAAACCAAGAAGCCCCUGCAGUCAUGAGCUCUGAUGCAGAGAUGGCCAUUUUUGGAGAAGCAGCUCCCUACCUGUGGAAAUCAGAGAAGGAGAGAAUCGAGGCUCCAAAUCGCCCAUUUGAUUCUAAGAAAGCUUGCUUUGCAGUGGAUGAUAAGGAAUUUUAUGUGAAAGGUAUGAUCCAGAGCAAGGAAAAUGACAAAGUCACAGUCGAGACCCUCGACAACCGGACACUCACUCUGAACAGUGACCAAGUCUUCCCCAUGAACCCUCCCAAAUUUGACAAGAUCGAGGACAUGGCCAUGAUGACCCACCUACACGAGCCAGGAGUGCUGUACAACCUCAAAGAGCGUUACGCAGCCUGGAUGAUCUACACCUACUCAGGCCUCUUCUGUGUCACCGUCAACCCCUACCAGUGGCUGCCGGUGUACAACCCUGAGGUGGUGACGGCCUACAGAGGCAAAAAGCACAAGGAGGCCCCGCCCUGCAUCUUCUCCAUCUCUGACAACGCCUAUCAGUUCAUGAUGACUGAUCGAGACAACCAGUCCGUCCUCAUCGCCGGAGAAUCCGGGGCUGGGAAGACAGUGAACACCAAGCGUGUGAUCCAGCACUUUGCAGCAAUUGCGGUCACUGGGGAGAAGAGGAAGGAGCAGCGGCCGGGCAAGAUGCAGGGGACGUUCAUUCGCAUUCACUUUGGAGCCACAGGAAAGCUGGUGUCAGCGGACAUUGAAACCUGUGAGUCCAAACACUCUAUCUGGCACCUUGGCUUUGGCCACAGAGGCAUCUCCUGGGGACCCUAA